AAAAAAAGGGUAUUUAGCUCAAGAGCCUCUUCAAGUUAUGACACAUUUUUCAAGGCUGAGAUUUUACUCCUUUACUUGAACAGGAUACCCAGAUACUAUCAUUGAAAUUAGAUUUAACAAUCCUUCUUCCCAUUAAUAUCCCAGCUACAUAUACAGAGUAGAUUGACGUUGGGCUUCCGUUUCACAGAUCUUUCCAGUUCCCCACAAUGUCUAAGACUUCGACAUUGAUCUAAAGGCACAAACAACUUCUACUAAUCUCGAUUUAGAACCGGAUUCUUCGAGUACCUAAAGAUUACCAUAAUGUCUGAUGAUGAGGCAGAUCCAGAGCUUCUUGCUCUCCUAAGGCAGCAUUUUCAAGGGAAGCUUAACCUAGAUGAUGAGCCUGAGACAGGUGUUUUAGAGGGCGCCGAAUAUGUUUAUGAUAACUCGAUCGAUGUCGCCUUGAAUAUGAGAGCAACUAAGAAUGCGGCGGCUUUGAUUCAUGAACAGAUGAAACAGAAAGAGUUCUCGACUGAGAGUUGGUCGGAACACGAAUUGCACCCCAAAACCAAAGAUGAAUCCACCGUCGCAUUCAUCUUUACUAUGGAUCUACUCAACUUCUCAUUCUGGUCCUUGCGCCCGGAGGAUGAGCGUUUUGCUAUCUCUUACCGCGACAAGACUUGGACCGGAUACUGGAGCUUGGUCGCCGCUUUGCAGAGAGCGUUGGAAGAAGAUAUCCCCAUUACCGAUCCGCACUACUGGCAGAACGAGGAGGAGUGCAACAUUGAGUCCCUAAAGCACGUGUUCAGAUCGUGUACCGAUGAAGAGAUGCCUUUGCUAGAUGCACGGCUUUCUUGUCUGAGAGAAGCAGGACAGGUUUUAUACGAAAAAUAUAACUGCAGCUUCACGAAAUGCAUAGAAGCUGCCAACAAGUCAGCCGCUGGGCUGGUGAACCUUCUCGCGCGAGACUUCGACUGCUUUAGAGACGAGUUUAAGUUUGAAAGCCGACGCAAACCCAUCCGCUUCCUCAAGCGCGCCCAGAUCUUGGUGGCGGAUAUCUGGGCCUGUUUCAAUGGCGAGGGCUACGGAGAGUUCCGAGAUAUCGACAAGAUUACCAUGUUUGCCGACUAUCGCGUACCACAGAUACUGUCUACCUUGGGUUGUAUCGGUUACAGCCCGCCGCUGUAUGCAAUGGUGACAAGGGGGGAUGUAGUAGAAAGCGGAAGCAGCUACGAAAUGCAACUCAGAGCUUGUAGCAUUUGGUGCGUAGAACUUCUCAGGCGCGAAAUCAAACGCGAGCAUCCAGAGGCGAAGAUCAAUGCUAUUCUGAUCGACUUUUUCUUAUACGACACAAUGAAGCAACUGGAGGCCGAAGGGAAGGAAACUUUACCGCAUCAUCGGACGAGAAGUAUCUGGUAUUAAGUUAUUGGAUCUAAGGCGGACUGUACGAUCGAUUUCAUGAGUGAUAGUUACUAGCAGAAGAUAAGAGAGGAUUGAAAUCACG